GAAAGAAUCCAACCUCAGAGAGCAGCGGAGUAAUUCCGGGAAAAGGCGGACUGACAUUUUGUCGCCAGAGUCGCUUCGACCCAGCAGAGUGUCUGCAUCUGUGUUGACUGUUGCUUUGGGGGAACAGCCGAAGACAGUUGGAUCAUGACAUCAGAAAGAAACAGCAAAGCCCUGAAGGUGAAGCAGGAAUGUGGCGAGAAUGUGCCCUUCCUGUCAGACAGCGAGCUCAUGUCUCUCACAGUACGAGAGCUGAACCUCCACCUGCGCGGCAUGUCCCGUGACGAGAUCCAAAAGUUAAAGCAGCGCCGUCGCACCUUGAAGAACCGAGGCUAUGCUGCCAGCUGCCGAGUCAAACGAGUGUCCCAACGUGAAGCCCUGGAGCAGCAGAAAAUGGAGCUCCAGAGAGAGGUGGAGAGGCUCGGGGCGGAGAACGCCGGCAUGAGGAAAGAGCUGGAGGGGCUCGGCGCACGCCUCGCCGCACUCCAGAGGUUUGCCAGGGGCCUGGAGGCCGGAGGAGGUAACCUGCUGGCUACAGCCCCACGUCUCAACACCGCCUCAGUCAUCACCAUCGUCAAGAGUCCGCAACAGCCUCAGUCUCAGAGGGAUCAGGAGCCGUCCUAGAAGGAGCUGUAGGAACCAGACUGGGGGGGAGGGGACGCUCAACCUGCAGUGCAAACACAGACACACAUACACACACACCUGCAGGCAUACACAGUCUAUACACACAUACAUGCCGGAGAACAGGAAGACGAUUUUAGUAGGAAAAUACUAAGCACUUGUCUGCGUUGUGCCUCGUUCACAUUUUAGAAUUCUGUAGAAUUCAUGACACAGUGUUGACGGAGUGGCAUGUGACGUCACCUAACAGACAACAGCUAUGCUUAGUUUCCAAAGCAAGGGCCAGGAACAGUUGAAAAAUCAUCUAGGACCAGUGGAGGUGUCCUCCGCUUGACGCAGCCUCAUGACACCGCAGCUUAGUCGACUGAAAUUUACUUUUGUUUAGAGUUAUAUUCAGAACAGGUUUCAUGUGAACGAGGCGUCGAGCACUGAUGCACUCACAGUCACACACGCACACAAAACCCUCACACUGUCCCCAAACCCCACGGGGACGUAGACAUUGACACAUCAGACUCUGACUGAAGCCAGACCAACCCAACCAGAGUUACUGUGCAUGUUCACUGCUCAACGAAUCCAGCUCUGACUCUGGUGCAAAGCCGGGCCUUCUCUCCGCUGCCGGUCAUGGCACCUGACCAACAGCUAAAAGACCAGGGUGGAGCGGACGCGUGUGCAGCUUCCUCCAGCUCUACAGCGCCUGCAUUCCUGGUGUAGCUGUAGCCUGAAGUUCCUCAGAAAAGACAGUGUCCCAAAGUAUGACUCAUUCACUUUUGUUAGUCAUUAAUGCAGGGUUUCUCAACCUCGGUGUCACUUGAUAUGCAGGCGAGGUCAUGGGAGAAGACUAAUAUAACUGCUAGGGUCACGAGGAUUUUGGGAGCAAAUAUUGGCCACACAGUCCAGGAGAAGGUUGAGAAACGCUGCGUGCAAGCUGUUUAUUCUGUGACAAUUCUUUGUUGUGGGAUUCACCUGCCACUACUUCCUACCUGAUCUACCCCUCCACAUGAGGGGAGAGUAGUUUUGUACUGCUUGUGUACACAUUUCUCACAUUAAUGCAGUGCCUUCAGUGUAUGUAGGAGUUAGAAGAAUGCAAACCUAAGAGGGGAAAGGGUAAAAACAGACUGUAAUCGCUCAUUGUCAACUGUUCAUGACCGCACAUUUUUUUUGCUGUAGGAUUUCUGAGCUAUAAUCCCUCAUUGCUCAUUUUCACAGUCCCUACUGUGCAGUAACUUUGCUACAAGUCUGCUGUGGCUUCCUUUUUUUCAUAUCUGAGACUCCCCAACAACAGAUGUUGGUCAUUUUUGCUACAAACGUGUAAAAGCGGAGUCGCAUCUGGUAGGAAUUACGCUCAAGUCGAUGCAAAUCCUCUGCACACAUUCCCGUUUUUUUGUGUUCCUUAUUUGUAAUGUUUGUAUGUGCCGUUGAGAGACGAAAAUGUUGAGUGACAUUUAUCAGAGAUAUAUUCUAUAUUUUAUUUGUAUUUAAAGGUAGAUAUGAAAAAGACAAGCUAACGAGUGCUGUGAUGUUUUACGUGUUUUCAGAAGUACUUAUGACUAGUCUGGGGAUAUGUCUAAUUAUUGUGUUGUGUGGCAACAAUGAUUACUUUACAAAAUGUUAAUUAUUAGCUAUGUAGAAAUAUGCUCAAAGCCAAUGGCCAUAUUGCUGUAUGAUGAUUUUUGUUUGUGUGUUAUUUGCCAUGUUUGUACUGGCUUGUCACAGUGGAUUCUUGGAGGGACAUUAUUUUUCUACGAUGAUUCGUACGUUAUUUGUGUGAAACCAUUAAGGUCACUUCUAAAUUGGCUGGACGGGCAGAUCCACGGGAUGCAGAGAGAAAGAUGGAGAUGAGGAGGAGACAAGAAGGCAGAGGAAUAGUUGGAUGAUGGAGACAGAAAGUAGGCAAGGUGGACUGGGAACUGGGACAGGAAGGUAGAAAGAGGUGGUGCUUUAUUCACUUGAAAACCUCCAUCAGUCCCCGGGCUGUUUCAGCCAGCGUGUGCUCAAACAGGCUCGGGGUGUCGUGGGGUCUAGGCCACUGAAUAGUGCUAGCAAUAUCAUGUAUAAGCAGGCAUUGUAACACAUUAGGCUGUGUUGACAAAUAACUCCUUCAGAUAAUGAGGCAUAUUAUUAUAUUUAGCUAUAUGAAUAUCAGUGUGGCAAAGCAUUUAUUCUCAAUAUUUUAACGUCUCACAUUCUGUCAAACUGUGCUGGAUGUUUUGUAAUAACUUGCAAAACAAAAAUGUUUUUUUGUAUUUAUUACCUGUAUUUUUUCUAUUGUGAAAAUAUAAGUACAUUGUCUAUUUUAUAUAUUAAUUAUAAUAAAUGUUGUACAUAUUGUACAUAAAA